GCCCAAAAAUUUGUACCGGAUAUCAUUGAUUCGUUGUCAUCACUGGGAAAGGUGUUAAAAGGGAUGGUCCAUAUGAAACAGCUUCCGGUGUUGAUCAACAGACCUGGGUUAAGUACCAGCAUGAGUGCCAUGACGUUACCGGAAUUGAUGGCGAAUCCUAUAGAGAGAAACAAUAUCACCAUGGAGUUCUCACAAUCCCAGGACCAGAGUGUGGACAGCAAGGACAUUCAGAUCACCGUAUUUGACAAGAAUCCAUUCACUUGGGAUCCUGAGGCGCAGUAUAUUACCUCGAAUGUACUGUCAGUAUCAAUCAAGGAUAAUGCGGAGGAAGAGGUCAACGUAUCGGUCAAGGUCAGAUUUCCAAACAUCGGGGACAACAAUCCAAAAUCUGUUUAUCUAGCUUUCCCAGCAGACACAAACGAAGCCUCAUCCCAAUUUUUCAGCUACAAAUUCUUCUGGCAGUUUCCAGCAGACGACAUGGCGUUAAGGUUGGAGGGUGUUACAGACGGUAUGAAGUUUGUUGUAUAUUUGAAAGGCGGAAGUGGUGCUACACGCUCUGCGUAUGACUGGCGGUAUGAAGUGCCGGACAGUGACUUGAAUGACAAUUUUUUCGUGGUUGUUGUUCCCGGAGGCUUAUUUCAGCAGCAGACAACAGUGUACUUCACGGUCACUGUGGACUCGGUUCCUGAUGACAGUGUAUCAAGGAAACGUCGCAGCAUUGAUAACACCACUGCAUCAUCCAACAGCACAAUUCCAGCGACGCGUGUGUUGACAUACGACAUGGUGGUGUGGACGGCCGGGUGUCGGGUGUGGAACACUGCAGAGGCUAAGUGGGACAAAACAUCAUGUCAGAUGUCGGCUGAGUCGACAGCCCUGGAGACUGUGUGUAUCUGUGAGGACCCGCCCGGACAGCACUUCGCUACAUCAUUUUAUGUCCCGCCAAACUCGAUCGACUUUGAUUCUGUGUUUGGAAAGUUUGAUAUCGUCAGUAAUGGUGCCGUUCUUGGCACAGUGGUUGGGGUCAUCAUUUUAUAUGUGGCGGUGGCAGUCUGGGCAUGGCGACGGGAUCGACGUGACCAUGAAAUG